CCCAACUCGCCGUCGCUCCUUACCGCUCCCGGGCAGCCGGGGGCCUACCGGUGUGUGUGCGGUACCGGUAUCGCUGCUGACACGUGCCUCCAGCCAGGCCCGAGAAAGCCGCCAAGGACGAUGCCGACCCCGCGCUUCGGCCCUGCGGGGCGGCCGCGCCUUGCUCUGCCCCUCCGCUGCUGCUGAGCCUAGAGAGCGAUCGCGGCCCGCCUGCGGCCGGCACCAUGGCGGCCGGCUGCCCGCCGCCCUUCGGGGACCCGGCCGAGAUGCGGGAAGGGUUCCUGUGCCCGCUCUGCCUGAAGGACCUGCAGUCGUUCUACCAGCUCCAGACGCAUUACGAGGAGGAGCACUCCCGCGAGGACAGGGAUGUCAAAGCACAACUCAAAAAUCUAGUCCAGAAGGCCAAAAGAGCGAAGAAGAAAUUGCUGAAACGAGAAGGAGAUGACAGAACUGAUUCUGGAUCUCAGGAACGAUAUGAGUCGUUCAGCUAUGGUGGAGUAGAUCCAUACAUGUGGGAGCCCCAGGAAGUCGGUGCUAUGAGAAGCCAUCUUUCUGAUUUCAAGAAACACCGAGCAGCCAGGAUUGAUCACUAUGUAGUAGAAGUCAAUAAGUUAAUAAUCAGGUUAGAAAAGCUUACAUCGUUUGACAGAGCAAACACCGAGUCAGCCAAAAUAAGAGCUAUAGAGAAGUCUGUUGUGCCUUGGGUCAGUGACCAGGAUGUUCCCUUCUGCCCAGACUGCGGCAAUAAGUUUGGUAUUCGAAACCGACGUCACCACUGCCGCCUCUGUGGGUCUAUUAUGUGCAAGAAGUGCAUGGAACUUGUUGGUCUUCCUUUGGCAAGCAAACUCACUAGUGCCAGCAGAGAGGCCUUGGGUUCUCAUACGAGCCCGAACUCCUCACCUAAUAGUGUCCAUGGCUCCCGCCGUGGCAGCAUUAGCAGCAUAAGCAGUGUGAGCUCAGUUCUAGAUGAGAAGGAUGAUGACCGAAUCCGAUGUUGUCGGCACUGCAAAGAUACCUUGUUGAAAAGAGAACAACAGAUUGAUGAGAAAGAGCACACUCCAGAGAUUGUGAAACUCUAUGAGAAACUCCGAUUCUGCAUGGAGAAGGUUGACCAGAAGGCACCAGAGUAUAUAAGGAUGGCAGAAUCACUGAAUGCUGGGGAGACAACCUACAGUCUUGACAAUGCUAAUGACUUGAGGGUGGAGAUUCAAAAAGUAUACGAACUUAUAGAUGCCUUAAGUAAGAAGAUUUUGAGUCUAGGCUUGCAUGAAGAUCCCCAGCCUCAUCCUAAAACACUACAACUGCAGAGAAUGAUAAGAUACUCAGCUACGCUUUUUGUUCAGGAGAAACUGCUUGGCCUGAUGUCACUGCCAACCAAAGAUCAGUAUGAAGAACUGAAGAAGAGAAGACUGCAUAUGGUGGCUCUUGAAACACAAGGAAAGCAAGAAGAAAAGCAGAAAGAUUUCAUCUCCAGAUCUGCAGCUGCAGUUAAUGGUGAUGCAACUCACCUGAAAAAAGAAACAGUCAGGAAAUCUGAAGGCUGGUUACCUACAUCUAGCAUAUCACAUGAGAGUGAGAUAGCAGACCCUCUUCUUCAGCAGAUUGACAAUAUUACAUCCUUUAUUAAGCAAGCAAAGGCUGCGAAUAAGAUAGAUGAGGUCCAUAUGUUGCAAGAGAACCUGAGGCAGCUUCAGGAUGAGUAUGAUCAACAACAAACUCUGAAAGCUAUUGAGCUUUCAAAAAAACAGGCAGAAGAGGAAGAGAUGCAGAGGGAGGAACUUCAGGUGCUUUGUGAAAAAGAGUGGGAAAGAGAGCACCACAAACUCAUGUCUCAGCAUUCAAGGACAUGCUCCUUAGACUUCAGAGAAGUCAAGCAGCAUCAGCAGGGAGCUGUAAAUGAGAACCGUAACUUGACAGUGUGUGCACUGGAUUUGGAUAUUACUCACAUCAGAGGGGAUCCAGGGUUUGAAACUCCUGCUGUUGAGCAGCUGCCAGCUAAAGAUCACUUGGUCUUCACACUUGCACCCCAGAAUGUCCCACAGUGUGACAGAGCCCAAGAUCAGCAAGCUGGUCUAAAUCCCUUUGAAGAUGAAGCAGAUACCCCUCAGUUAGAGGAAGAUCCUGCUAACCCAUUUGCCAAAGACACUUCUCCAAUGGUUUCUUUCUCAAACACAGCUCUGCAAAGUGAUAAAAAGGAAUAUAAUCCAUUUGAAAAUGAGGAGGAGGAGGAACAGACUAAUGGAGCACCUGGCAGUACUUCAAAUCCUUUUGAAGAGGAUGAAAAUCCAUUUCAAAAACCAGGGGGCAGCAGGAAUUCUGGGAAUCCAUUUGAAGAGGGAUCUUCUACCAAUCCCUUUGAAAUGGAGGAUGACAGUGAGAAUUCUGUAGAGGAGGCUAUAGAGGAAGAACUGCUUCUUCAACAGAUAGAUAAUAUCAAAGCUUAUAUAUUUGAUGCCAAACAUAGUGGACGAAUGGAUGAGGUGGAGGUACUGACAGAGAACUUAAAGGAAUUGAAGCGCACACUAGCAAAGCAGAAGGAGAAAUCCAGCUGCUGAAACAACAGGGCUUGGUAACCAUUAUUUUAAAUCUGCUGUUAAAUAUGGGAAGGUAGAGCAGAUACUUACAAAGAGGAGUACAGAUCACAAGAGGGAAUUGGGGAAGUCUUGACUUUCAUGCACUUUUGGCUAGGCAUUUCCACUACUACUCAGUCUUGAAAGAAUCACUGAGGUAUGCUGCUGGUCCCAGACACUUGCGUUAAGGAAUUCUGGAAUGACUUGUUACAACACUCUGCUGCCUGGUCUUGUGUGUUUAUUUUGGUCAAAGUGGCUAAGUGCUAAAAGGGAACUGUGACUUGGAAAUGGUUGCAAUGUUGGUUGUUCUCUUUCCCCCUUUCUGUUACAACAGUAUUGGCCCUUCAAGUGGGGCUUUAACUAAAGAGAGACAAAAACUUUUCAAGUUCUGCACCCCAGUAAUGUUACGGUGCAGUGUUUCAGUGCCUGAUGGUGUUAGCAGAAAGCGCUCUUAAAAGGCUACUGUGGCUCUCCGAGGUGCAGACUAUACAGAUCAAUUUUGUGCAAUGCUAAUAUGUAAAAGGGAUUUUAAGACUGAGAACUUUCUAACUGAUCUUAACAUGAGUAACUUUUUAAUGUGUUUAUAAAAACCUGGAUUCUGUGUUUUCAUCACCUUUAGUUUCCUUGUUUGCUCUGAGCACAAACUACAAUAAUAGUGCAUGCUCGGUUGACUUCAGAGCCAUGCUUGAGAGAACAAGUACCUACUUGUUUCCAGGGAGAAGAGCAUCAGGCUGGCACCAUUCAGACUACAGUAGGAGUGAUCCUCCAGUUCCUAAUUAUCUUAUGGAAUCUGCACAUUCCUUCUCUGGGUGAUCGAAUGAUCAUGUGUGUCAUUUGUGAGACUGGAACUCUCUUUUUGUAGAAUUCAAGGAACAGAAAUCUUGUUUACAAUGGAGAGCUGAAGUGCCACUGAACUGGAAUUCUGUGAAGGCUGGGAGACAGUCUGUGGUUGCAGUAGGGUCAAAUAGCAAUUUUGUUUCAUAUUCAAUUCGCUUUUGAAGGCAUGUCUGUUUUAAGUAAGAAGCUCCAAAUUGGAGUGAUCUUGGGAUCCUGUGGUCCAAGGGAUGCCUGGGAGAUGGCCAGCACUGGUAAUGCAGGAGGGUUUAGAGCUGGGCUCUGAAGGCUGGUAUCAGAAAUGUGGGAUCACUUUCUGGGUUAGGUCAGCCUGUGUCUUUCCAAGAGAUGGGAGUCUGAGCUGCUUGGGUUUUUAUCUUUGGCAGAGGUCCAUCAUCAGGCAUCGGUGUAUGAAAGGGCGGAAGGGAGAAGUUAAUCUACAAGAUGUAUUUAUUUAAAGCUGAAAUAAAGGAAAUCAUACAGAUCACCCUGCAUAGCACUAAUAGCGGACUUACUCAGAAGUGUAAACUUUAAUGGAAUGAGAUAUGUGUUAACUAAGUCUCUGACAAUACAUAUUAAUUAGCACAGCUGUAACCCAAGCAUUGUAUAACAGUGUAGAGACACAAAUAAUUGCACUACCUGAAAAGCAGGGACUCUGGUUUUAGCUUGCUAUAAAUUGACGGAGGAAGGGACUUGCAGAAAUCUUGUUUAAAAAAACCAAGCCACUUCCUCAUUUAACAGCACUAGUAACUAAUCAAAAUAAUGUAUGAGUCGCCUGUUAAAGACACCUGAUCUUACUGUAGCCUAAAUCUGAAGUUGAAAGGUGUGCAGAGCAAAACCAUGAAGUUUUUAUACCAAGAUGUUUUAUUAGAGUUGAUUUUUAGUUCCUGAGUGCUACUUUGCACCAGGUGAAAGGUGCACAGGAUUCUCAAAGGUCAUAAGCUAAUAAAAUGUGCCCUGUGGCACAAAAUUUACAAAGGUAGCAGAAAAGAGAUGUUAAGACAGGGAACCGUAACCCCUGGAACUGUUUUAACAGAAGCAGUGUGAGGUAGAUAUUUAAGGCUGUUUGCUGGUCAGGAGGACCAUGCCCUGCACUGUAACUCAGAGCUGUUUUGGAACCAACAUUAAAAAUAAAGUAUCAGUGGAUUCAGCUUCCACAUUUUAAAAGUGGUUUUUCCUUGUUGCAGCUAUCCUGCCUUGUUUGUAUUUUCAGUCUAAUACACUAUAAUAAUUACAGUAGCCUUAUUGUACAUGUAUUUUUACAAGCAGAUAACUGACUAGCAUACCUCAUCUUUUGUCAGUGUUAAUGUGACAAGACUAGACAACUCAUACCUAAAGUAAUCUCCAAAGUGAAGACUUUAUGCUGACAUUUGGGCUGUUGUGAGGCUCACAAGGCACAGGGGAAUGAAGACAUCCAUAAAGCUCAGUAAAUGACUAGCACUGAAUUUUGUUAAAACUGCAUGCACUGCUCUGUGUGGGAACUUUGUAAAGAGAUGAAAUAAACCAACAUGUUUAUUUUGUGCUG